AUGGAAGCAACUGUUUUAAGAAAUUACCAAAAAUUCGGAAUUCCUGGAGUAUUGGGCUAUAUUGAUGGCACUCAUAUAAAACUUAAGAAGCCAACACAACAUGAAGAACUUUAUAUAAAUAGAAAGGGUGAUUCCGGAUAUCCCUUGGAGCCAUGGAUCCUCACACCGAUCCUUAAUGCUGAAGAAAACACACCUCAAAGUCGAUAUACCAACACCCAUAUAAGGUCAAGGAACAGUAUUGAGAGGUGUUUCGAUGUUCUUAAGUCAAGGAUUCGAUGCUUACUAAGAAAAAUGGAGUAUGAACCAACAAAAGUAGGCUGCAUUGUAAAUGCAUGUGCAGUUUUACACAAUGUGUGCAUAACAGCAGGACUUAGUUUUCCCGACAUAGUUGAUGAAGAGGCUUUAGCACCAGACGCGAGUACAGCAGAUCAUUAUAGAGAGAUACAAAUAUAUGAGCGGGCCUUCAAGUGCGACAACAAUUAA